UAUAUUAGAUUAGUUUGGAGUUGGUUUCGGAGGUGAUCCAGUGAGGCGCAUUUGAACCAAUCAUGGGGUUUUUCCGACCAAAAGACAAACCAAUGACUAAAUUAAUGAACUCUAACUAAAACACCAAAAUAAAGAAAUAAACACAAAAUAUAAACAAGGAAACAUAAACACAUGAUAAAAGUAAACAAACACACACACAUAUUGAGAGAGAGAGAGAGAGAGAGAGAGGCUGUUUUCUAAGUUGGUGUAGUUAGACGCCCAAACACCGUGUGUCGGGUCGGGUCAUAAGAGAGUGAUUUGAUAGGUGCUGUGGUUUCUGAUCACUGUACUUUGUUCAUCUGAAGAGAGAAGGGAAAAAGAAAUAUGGGUUGGAUUCCCUGUUCUGGAAAUUCAGGCACUAAGAAGAAGAUUGAAAAGAUGGAAGUUCAGGACAGCCUCGUUGGUCAGAUCAAAGCCACCCCAGGAAAGUUGAAGAGGAAUUCAUCCACGAAUUCGAAAGAUACAUCUAAAAAUGGGAAUCCUGAUCACAUUGCAGCACAGACAUUCUCAUUCCGUGAGUUGGCAACUGCAACUAGAAAUUUUAGAGCUGAAUGUCUUUUGGGUGAGGGCGGCUUUGGCAGAGUAUACAAAGGGCGCCUGGAAAGUAUUAAUCAGGUUGUCGCAAUUAAGCAACUUGACCGAAAUGGACUGCAAGGGAAUAGGGAAUUCCUUGUUGAAGUGUUGAUGUUAAGUCUACUUCACCAUCCCAACCUUGUCAACCUUAUUGGCUAUUGUGCUGAUGGAGAUCAAAGACUUCUAGUUUAUGAAUAUAUGCCAUUAGGAUCCUUGGAAGACCACUUGCAUGAUAUUACCCCCGGCAAGAAACAACUGGACUGGAACACACGAAUGAAAAUAGCUGCUGGAGCAGCAAAGGGAUUGGAAUAUCUACAUGACAAAGCUAAUCCUCCUGUCAUAUACCGAGAUUUGAAGUGCUCCAACAUUUUGCUUGGCGAAGGGUAUCACCCAAAGUUAUCUGAUUUUGGUUUGGCUAAACUUGGCCCAGUUGGGGAAAACACCCAUGUAUCAACAAGGGUUAUGGGCACCUAUGGAUAUUGUGCUCCAGAGUACGCAAUGACAGGUCAACUCACUUUGAAGUCCGAUGUGUAUAGCUUUGGUGUAGUUCUUCUGGAAAUAAUCACUGGAAGGAAAGCAAUUGACAAUUCAAAAUCUGCAGGAGAGCAGAAUCUUGUUGCAUGGGCUAGACCCUUAUUUAAAGAUCGAAGAAAAUUUUCACAAAUGGCUGAUCCAAUGCUCCAAGGUCAAUAUCCUCCAAGAGGGCUAUACCAGGCCCUUGCUGUUGCAGCAAUGUGUGUUCAGGAGCAGGCUAAUAUGCGUCCUGUUAUAGCUGAUGUUGUCACAGCUUUGUCUUAUCUUGCUUCACAAAGAUAUGAUCCCAAUAUGCAGACAGUUCAAAGCUCUCGCCUCGUUCCUGGUACUCCGCCUAGAACUAGGAGGGGGCUAUGAUAUGGAGCUCAAUGUUUGGUUGAUAUAAGGUAGUCUGGAGAAAACUUCUUCAAAUAUCUUACUUAACAGGCUUGUCAACAUGCUUCAAGACAUAGGUUUAUAGAUGUUAAUAUAAGUUGUCCUUUGGUGGUGUUUUCUCGGCUCACAGCAUAGUUACAAAAACCUUAUGGAAUUUUGUUUUCCUCCUGUGCUCAAAACUGCUCCUAUUUCUGUUUGGGGCUAAGAUAGUAUUUCCACUUUUUUUUUCUUGAAAAUAUUAUUUAAGAGCAAAUUGCUGGAUUCAUAAUUCAUGUGCCUUCUGUCUUGGCAAUGGUUCUACAGGAGUCCCUGCAUCCAGAGAGGUCCCGGCCUUUACUUAUUUA